UACCUACUUACUCAAGAGCUAUGUGACGUUCCAGUGAAGGAAUUUAAACGGCAGCCAACCCUUAAGCAAUUACAGGCGGAAUAUAGAAUUAUCGACGGCGAUGCAAUACAUGAAGACGCAGCGGGGAACACUGGAGGGCCGGACCGGAGAGGGAAGAGCGGAAAGCAGACUGUUGUUAUUGCUUCUGCCUUAGGCGUAAUCGUGGCUUUAUUGAGUCAGAGCAAUAAGAACAUAGAAAAGAUUGAUUUUAGCGGCCUUGCAACGAUCUUGGAAGAUAUCGAUCUAGAAAACAAGGGCGAGACCGAGCCCGAAAAGAGUCAAACGAGUCCGAGCCCGGAGAGCGUUACUAUCGAAAUUCUCCAUGAGCCUGACGUAGGUCCGUCGAGUGGAGCAGACAGCACAAGCGAGGCACGCGACAGCGAUGGCGCGAAUUUUGAACCUUUGCCCCCCGUAGUGAUAGGAGAUACACAGUGUAGCGAUCGACACGUUUUCCUUCAGCUCGAAAGCAUCGUCGAGUCGAUCGCUACACAAUCGCAGGACCCUGAGAUCCGCUCAAGACUAUCAACAAUCGCCAGUUCUCUUGUAGAGGAGAUCGGAGUGAAAGCUGCGUUCAAGACACUGCUUGGCGAGACCAACGUCGCUGAGUAUUUUAAGUCCCUGCGAGUGCCAGAUUGGAUGCUCCUUUACUACACGCUAGAAUCACGAACAUCCGAUGAAGGCUGGCAGAUGUUGCUGAACUUAACAAAACUUGGGCGAACACGCACAUCAUCUGAUACUCCCAUCUUGCUAUGCAAGAAUCAGAUGAAGACGAUUAGGAAAAUGGUGUUUGCGGUCGUCAGGCAGGGACUCAAGAUAUCGCCCCUGCCAGAUGAUGCACCACCAGGCUAUCAAGUGAGCCUGCAUGAAGCAGUGUGCUGGGCUGCAAGAGAGGCUUGGAUGCACAAUCCGAAACUGAAGAGCCUUGCAUCAAACAUUGUAUAAGAGCAAUGGUUAUUGUGCUUAACCCUUUUUUGCUUGUCUGUUUCAUGAAUAUCUGAUAUGCUAUGAUUACAUAUUUUAUGUACAAUUCAUACCUAAAGUUUCUCAUAAGUAAUAAUCUUAUUGAACAUUUUUGCAGUUUGGUAAAAUAUAAGUUCAUCAAGCUCUUUUCAACAAAUAACAGCUGUUGGAUGCAUACAGGUAAACGUUUCUCAUUAUUUCUGUACCUUAGCUGGUUUAUCCGGGUCAAGGAUCUGUCAUUUUAACAUGACUGAAUGCCUUGGGGUACUUUUGCAAAUUCAUAAAAGCAAAUUUGAU